UUUGGCCCACUUGGAAACAAUACCAGAUCAAUAUACACGAGCGUAUACCUAGACAGGUCAACUCUAGGUGUUCACUGCACAACGCCCCAACAAAAAGGAAACAUGGCCAAUAAAUACAAGACAGAUUCAGAUUUGGCCGACUUGACUGAUAUUGGGAUGAACUUUGGGGAAGAUGAAGAUGCAGGGAAAUUUACGUACGAUAAACUGACAGAAGAACAACUAAAAUUAUGUAAAGAUUGUUUCGAGUUCUUCGACAAAGACAAGAGUGGAGCAAUAGACAGGUCGGAACUUAUAACGGUGAUGAGAGCGACGGGACUUAAUCCCUCUCAAAAGGAUGUGAAUAAAUUGAUAACAGAAGUAGCAGGGAAAGGUAAUAAAAAUAUUUCAUGGCCAGUGUUAAAAGAAAUAAUUUGUGAACAUGAUGUGCAGUUUUUGAGGAAUCGUAGUAUCUUGGACAUUGGUGUGGCAUCAGUGUAA